ACUUCCUCCGGCAAAGCUAAAUCAGACAGCUCCUCCAGAGUGAGCAAGGAGUAGCUACACCAUAGACGACGACAAACGAUUGGAAACGCAACCUUGGCGAGUUUUGAGCGGGGAAUACGCUGACAAUCUGGGGGUUUAGUAACAAGGGGAGUCCGCAAUGACUUGGGGAACGGAGCUUUGGGACCAGUUUGAAAACCUUGACAAGCAUACUCAAUGGGGGAUCGACUUCCUAGAGAGGUAUUCAAAGUUUGUCAAGGAAAGGCUGGAGAUCGAACAGACAUAUGCAAAACAGUUGAGGAACCUGGUGAAGAAGUACUGUCCCAAACGCUCCAAAGACGAUGAACCUAGGUUCUCGUCGUGCGUGUCGUUCUACUCCAUCCUGAACGAGCUGAAUGACUACGCGGGGCAGAGGGAGGUGGUGGCCGAGGAGAUGGGACACAAGGUGUACGGAGAGCUGAUGAGGUAUUCACAGGACCUCAAGUCAGAGAGGAAACAGCACCUCCAGGAGGGCAGGAAGGCCCAGCAGUAUCUGGACCAGUGUUGGAAACAGAUGGACAAUAGCAAGAAGAAGUUUGAGCGGGAGUGCAAGGAGGCAGAGAAAUCACAGAUCAGCUACGACCGGUUAGACAACGACAUCAACGCCACCAAGUCAGAGGUAGAAAAGGCAAAGUCCCAGUUGUACCUGCGCACACACUCGGCAGACGAGAGUAAGAACGAGUACGCUGCUCAGCUGCAGAACUUUAACGGGGAACAGUGGAAACAUUUCAACGUGGCCAUUCCACAGAUAUUCAAGAACCUGCAGGACAUGGACGAGAGGCGGACAGUGAAGCUGGGAGAGACGUACCGGAGCUUUGCCGACGUGGAGCGCAGAGUCGUCCCCAUUAUCUCCAAGUGUCUGGAGGGUAUGGUGACUGCUGCCAAGGCUGUGGACCAACGCAAGGACUCAGCGAUUGUAGUGGAGUCGUUUAAGUCAGGCUUUGAGCCUCCGGGGGACUACCCGUUUGAGGACUACAGUCAGAAUCUCUCCCGGACGGGCUCAGACAACACCAUCAGCACCCCCAAGAACGAGGGGGGGGUCAAGCCAGACCCCAAACACUCCAUCAGCAAAACAGCCAAGAACAAACUGUGGCUCUUUGGGAAAAAGCCGAAGAGUGCCCUGGCUCCAUCACUGGAGGACUUUAGCCACCUGCCUCCUGAACAGAGACGUAAGAGGCUCCAGGCUAGGAUAGACGAGCUCAGCAAAGAACUACAGAAAGAAGUGGACCAAAGAGAUGCACUGAACAAGAUGAAGGAUGUGUAUGAGAAGAACCCUCAGAUGGGCGACCCCCAGAGUCUCCAGCCCAAGAUAUCAGAGACCAUGUGCAACAUGGAGAAACUGCGCUCUGAGAUCCACAAGAAUGAGAGCUGGCUGUCGGAGGUGGAGGGGAAAGUGGGCACCAGAGGAGACCGAAGACCCAGUGCUGAUGUCAACCAUCACGCCCCCCACGGCAGAGAGAGCCCUGAGGGCAGUUACACAGACGUCCCCAACCAGGAGCACCGCAGCCCCCCUCACCAGCCAGACCCCCGACAGGCCCACCAGCCAGACGAGUUUGAUGAUGAGUUUGACGAUGACGACCCGCUCCCAGUCAUUGGCCACUGCAAAGCACUCUACUCCUUUAGCGGUCAGAACGAGGGUACGCUGUUGAUGAAGGAGAACGAGGUGCUGUACAUCAUUGAGGAGGACAAGGGUGACGGCUGGACGCGAGCCAGGAAGCAGAGCGGAGAGGAGGGCUAUGUGCCCACGUCCUACGUGGAGAUCGCCAUGGAGAAGAACAGCAAAGGUGCAGUCACCUACAUCUGAUCUGACCACCUGCAUGGACUCCUAUAUCAUAUCCCCUCUUCCUCCUCUGGGGAUUGCUGGUCAGAACAGCAGCCCUUCUUCUUUGUUCACUGUGUGAGCUCACGGCAAACAAACACAACAGACAUCCUGGUAGUGUAGUGACCUCCCUGUACAGGAGCUCUGUAUCAAUGAAUUAAGCCAUGUGUGUCUGUAUGAGGAUGUAUCCAUAGCCACGAUCUGUGGCAAGGGGACUCCUCCCCCCCUUAAGGCAGAUUAUUUUAUUUAAUAUUUCAGAAGUGAUUUGUGUUAUGUUUGUUUUUAGAUCAUGUGUCUUUUGUUUUUAGAAGGAGAUGUUGUAAUGCUCUACUGGUUUUUAGUUGUCAGUGGUGACAGAUUUGGAAAAUAGAAAAAAUAACCUACCUGUUUUACCUUUGUAUGGUCUUAUAUGUGUUAUCAGCCAUCUGUUGUGAGUCUCAUAUGUGAAGUGAUCUGCUCCACCUAUUAAGACAGGAAUGCAGUAAAACAGUCCUGGUAAGGACUGGCCUGUUUUGUGCCUAUAUGACUCAUGCCUCCCACUACAAUACUACGCUUUAAGAUAAUCGUACACUCCUUCUCUCUUUGUGUGUGUCACAACAAUGGCACCCUCUGGUGGUCAGGACUAUAUUACACUCAGAGGAGUAGUUGUACUGUCUUCUGUCUCUGUCCUAGUGGUGUGGGUGGUGGCAGGUGUCGAUGCUCUGUAGGCAGGUCAGUACAGUAACUCCUCUCCUCUCUCUCUCUCCUAUUGGACUGCAGAUUCCUGAGUGGAGCAGUGUGGCGAGGUCUUUGGUGGAGGGUACAUGCUGAGUCUGGUGGGGCUAGUGGCAGACAGGUCUUGUUCUGGGCGGACAGAGCAGGGGAGGGGAAAGGCUUGGCAGGUUGCAUGUUUGCAUGCACACGUCCAUGGCCAUUAACAUGAUUCCAUAGCAUCAGAGACUCUUGGGGUAGUAGCUAUGCCUCUGUAGGAGGGGAGUGAUCUUCCUAAACUGUGUCUGCCUAGACACAGCACAGAGUAACCAUCCAACUGCAGCAUAACAGCAGAAUCCGGGACCGGGGAGGGGUCUUAGAGCUAGCAGCUUACAACAUCAUCAUUUAUAAUGAGAGAAAAGCAAGCAAUGCACUACUACACUACUACUACACUACUACUCACCUCUGUAUUUCUGCUCCUCAGAUAACGUCCAGCACUAACAGCCUGUCUUGUUGUUGCAUUGUCAUUCUAUUGUUGGGAAUGCCUGACUGUGCCACUCUCCUGUGGUCGCCUUACCUUAACGCGCGCCAGCAUGUCUGUAACAUGAACUGUCAUUCCUUCAUACAGGACUGGCCAUGAUGAAUGCAGCGUCUUGGAUGUAACUGUGGUCGCUCCCGCCGCCCAUUCAUUCACUUCUAAUCUUCCUGUAUGUCUUCUUCAUUCUUCCACGUUUAGUUUUUUGUGUGUCUUGUUUUUGUUCUAACUGUGUUGAUGGAAUUGUUCUCAUCAUGCUAGUGCGUGUGUGUGUUGAAUGUCAUCUCUGUCAUGGUGUUGUUCAGUAACUCGUGGCGCCGCAUUCAGUCACUCAGGUCGGUGUAGGACUACUGUAGUCACAGACAGCCGGCCUGCCCAUCACACUACCCCAUCCUCGCUCCUCUCUGCACCAGCACCAGCACCAGACAAGAGGAAGGCUGGAGGGGUGGUGCAGUGACAUCAGCGCACCAGCAGAGGGCCUUCCUCCCUCACCAGUCAGUCAUCACACAGGAGCUCAGGCUCAGGCCAGGAAACCUGGAGGCUGAGCUAAAACAAAGGCCAUCGAACAACAACACUCCAUGCAUUCUUUUCCUUAAUAAUAUCUGAGAGUGAGGAUGGACCCACUGAGUGCUCUUCCAUCACUCUCUGCUGCACACAAGGACUCCAACCGACUAGAUCUACGCUGGCUUGCUGUGGUGGUGCUCUUGGGCCUGACCGCCACGUCUCUUCUCCUCUGUCUCCCUGGAGCAUCCUGGGGCCUCGGUGUGCUGCGAUCUCCACACAAAUGAGUGUUGCAUUACCAUAACGUUCCUCUUUCAAGCGCAUAUUAUAUUUCUGAUUGUGAUGAUACAUAUAUUAACAUGUGUAUACAUAUACCCGUAUGUAUAUAAGUAGUUCAUUUUAUUACUGAAUUGUAUUAACAUCUCUUUUAUUUCAUACUGAAUGUGUUUUUAUGGUGACUUUUUAUAGGGUUUUAAUCAGUCGUACCAUUAGCUCAUAGUAGCCAUGCAUUGUUUGUCAGAACAUCCUUCUGAUGUUGAUGCACUUUUGCCCUAUAGCAUUUUUAAUUGAAUAUCGAUGAAUGAAUGAAAUGGACUCUGUAUGCUACCUUUUGUACAAAUGUAAAGUGAGACAGCUGUGACCACUGUUAUUAUAGGUGGUGUAGAGUUCAGAACUACCACAAAUAUAGGAAUUUACUGCUUUUGAUACUCCUAGUCCUAACCAUUUUUUAUUUAAUUAAUUUGGAAGUGAAUUUAAUUUGCACGAUUCCCUUUAAUUAGUAUGAGCAUAAUUGACAUGGUGAGUGAUCACCAUGAUCACCCAUGUUGCUUAAAUCAAAGAAGUGAUGUAGCUUUUAUCAGACUGACACAGUGUUUUAACCUGGCAGGAUAUAAUAUUCCCCAUUUUAAAACCCUUUUUUUGCAGUUAAUUUGGUGGUCCCACUUUGAAAUGCUAAUAGGAUCAGUGAUUUAGUUCCUAAUAAAUACUUAAAGCUGUGAAAGUGAUAUCAUGAUAUGUUCAUCUUACUUGAACUGCAUCUCUCUCAACUUCCUGGAGACAACCCUAGGUCUUAGACAUCCAAUGGAGGAACAUAUCUUCUUGAUGAAUGUGCACUAACUAACACAGAUAAUGCUGUUUAAAAUGGUGCAGGUUAUAUACAUCCUGCGAUUCUGUUUAGUUUAUCUUGUCAUUCCAUUGCCUGGAUGAGCUCAUUUGAAUGUUCACUCCUCUUUUGUUGAACUGGUGUAUUAUCAGAACUGGGGGAACGUCCUUCCCUUUGUUUCAGUGACAUUCCUUUGAGUAGCUUACGGAGGAGCAUGAAGGUGCAUGCUUGACUCAACAUAUCUGAAGUUCACAGCAAAUAUUUAAGCGCUGUAUAUUGGCUACCUGCCUCUAUUGUAGGCCUAUUCAUGUAUUGACCCUACUCUACAAUAUCAACCAAUAUAGUAAUACUGGUUAAAUCCCUGAUGAACAUGUAAUUGUUGAUCAAAAUCAGAAGAGGAAGUCCAGGUUUAAGUUGUUAAUGUGUAAGUAGUUGUUUUUAAUAUGAAGUACGUUAACCCAUUCAUGUCUGCAGUGUGUGUCUGGCUGUCCUCCAUCAGUAAUAACAAGGAGUUUGACACGCUUGUCUCUAAUUGCCUAAAACGGUGCUGGACCGAGUUGUUGUCACCACAGUGCAAGUGGCCUUCAGUGAUGACGCUUUUUGAUGAUGGAUAUGUAGGUUUCUCACUAGCAUCCUUAACCAAAAGUUAUGCCAUGAAGGGAUUUUCAUUUUGGGCUGAAACUGAGCUAAAUCAUAUCCAUUAUGCUGUAAUUCUGAUCAUUAUGCAAAACUUAACAAUAAGUUUUAAGACUCGGUAAUAUUCACGCUUGCAGUGGCAAAUUCGUCUAAUGGCAGAAAAGUAGAUAUGAGUAUCUCGCUGUUGUCUUAUUUUAACAUAUAUUGCAGUACUUCUAUUUCUUCAUGUUGUGCACAUCUUUUUACUUUUAAUGUUGUGAGACACUUUGUGUGGGAAAAAAUGUUCUCUCAAAUUGUUCUAAUAAACAAACACAUGAACAAACA